GAUAAUAUUACUCCAUGGCAUUCGUUCAAAAACAAUGAAUGUAAAGUUCAAAGUGGUUAGAAAAACCAGCCGUUUGGCUUGGUUUGCCACGGAAAGCGGUCGAAAAUUCAGCAAAGGAUGUGUUAUCACCUUCGGUUUUGGCACGUUUUUCGCGAAUUGUCUACCGCACAGUCUGUUCUUGGAUACAUACAGAGAAGUCUAUCAGAGAUACAACAAAUCUUAUCCGGUACGAGUAACGGCAAAAAUAAAAAAACAGUUCAAUGCAGUCUUGGACGACCUUGAAGUGCCUGACCACAUCCGGGGACUCAUAAAACCGUUUAUAGUUAACGGAUUCGACUUAAUUCAUGCUGGAUCAACGAACCUGCGCUCUGGAGUGAUCAUCGGUAUUCCGUUAAGCUUCAACUAUGAGGAACUGAAGGAUAUCGACGAAUCGACGUUGGUACUCGAAGCCAAAAAUGUCGAUUGGAAAUCGGCGGAGGGUCAAAAUUUACUUUCAUCUAUGUUGCUAUCGGAAGAAGCAAAGAAAUUUGCUAUUGCACAGAAAGUUUGGAGGUGUCAAUCACACGAAAUCUGGAUGAACUGCAUAUUUCCAAUGGUGUCUACUGCAUUUGCUUAUACGAUCGCGCACAGGGCCAAUGUCUUGCUAGACAGUUUUCAUCAUCCUCCAAUCUUCAGGAUUUGUUUGUACACCUUCGUCGGUAUGUUUAGCAUCGCUACCUGGGCAGCCUUGAAGGAUUUUGCCGCAAUGCAAUAUGACAGUGAAUGUGACGAAGAAUUAUGCAAAUUAGGUAAAGAUUACAUAAAAGGUGGUCAAGAAUACUAUGGUAAAAUUUUACAGCGCAAUGUUGCACUGAGAAGCUUAUUGGGCGAUUAUGGCGCUAAAUUGUAUUCAGUUAAGGGUAACGAACAAUUUCUAUUGAGACAAAAACGUAUGCCGCUCGUACAUAGAAAGCUAUAUUUUGACGAACAGAUGAAAAGUCUUAGAUGAAAGAUGUUUGUAAAUGGUAGUAGAUUUCAUUAAAAUGUUAUUAAAUUUAUUUCCUAUUUAAUAAAUAAUACAAUUGUUGCUAGUAGUUGACUAAUUGAAAACUCUAUAUAAAAUACACUGAGUCUCUAAAAUAUCUUGGUUUUGAUCUUCACACAGCAUCUACGUCUUAUAUUUGUUUUAAUUUAGAAACUAUACAUCAGGUAUUAACAUACAUACAUGUAAAUCUUACAUUCGAUUACGUAAAUUAUUUGUACAAAGCUUUGCGUUAGAGUCGCGUAUAUCUAAUUAUCUAUUAUUUGUAAUGGAUUUUCCAUUUCUUCAUAUAUUAAUUGUUCUAGUGCCAAUUUUCAUUGUAGCAGUGAUAUAGCACUGCACAUUAUCCUAUUAUAUUUUGCUCUUGCGAACAACUAAACGAACGUAUAACGUUAAAA